CUCAGAACACCAUAAAAGGAGCCUCAGAUGGGCUCUCGGCCGCCUCAUCCCACCAACACUUUCCAAGAACAUCUCUCUGGCAGGCCCAGCACGUCAAGUCGACUUUCACUUCGCUCAACACUCUCGCUUCUCCGCACCCCACCAAAAACCAACUAGCCACAAUGCUCGCCAAGACCAUCAUUGCCGCCGCGUUUGCCGGGCUCGCCGUCGCCGCCCCCCAGCGCUUCCAGAAGAAGGCCCAGGUCGACGACUGGUCGGUUAAGAACUCCGUUGCCACUUGGUACGACCUCGACUCGUACGAGGAGAACGACGGCUACCCGAACCAGGUUUACUGCAACUCGGACCGGUACCACAACGACUCGCCCAUCGCUGCCAUCAAGGGCGGCAAGAACUUCUGCGGCCAGAUGAUUCGCGUUACCAACAAGGCCACCGGCAACUCGGUCGAGGUCCCCAUCAUGGACGAGUGCGGCGGUUGCUCGCACGCCAACCAGGUCGACCUCCCCAAGUCGAUCUGGAACGAGCUCAACGCUGGCGUCUCGACCGGCCAGCUCGACAUCGAGUGGCAGUUCAUCUAAGCGACCGUUUGUCGCCGCGACGGUCCGCGACCAUCGCACCCGAGGUGAUGAGCGCUUCGACGAGCAUCAUCUCAUCCACAUCGUGCCGCGCACUUGUGUAGACCCUCUUUAGACUGGUUGUAGCAUACUCUUCCGUCCCCAGUGGAUGGCCCCGAUAACUGCUGGAUGAU